AGAGAGGCGCGCCAUUCUGCAAGCCCGCGCGACCAUGGCAGUUCUGGUUCGCUCUAGAGGACUGCUUACGCCGAGUGCGUGAGGAGGCAGGUGCCAGUGCGCAGGCGCGGCAGCUUCGCUGGGUUGACUGUAGGAGGGGGAAGCGGCGGCGGCGGCGGCGGCGAGAGCAGAACAUGAAUGGAGCAAAAUGGCGGAUCAUGUGCAGAGUCUAGCCCAGCUAGAGAACCUGUGCAAGCAGCUGUACGAGACAACUGACACCACGACCCGGCUCCAGGCAGAGAAAGCCUUGGUUGAGUUUACCAAUAGCCCGGACUGCUUGAACAAGUGCCAGCUUCUCCUUGAAAGAGGGAGUUCGUCUUACUCCCAGUUAUUGGCAGCUACAUGCCUUACGAAACUGGUGUCACGCACAAGCAACCCUUUGCCCUUGGAACAGCGAAUAGACAUACGAAACUACGUGCUCAACUACCUUGCCACUAGACCCAAGCUGGCAACUUUUGUUACACAAGCACUAAUUCAGCUUUAUGCCAGGAUCACAAAGCUGGGCUGGUUUGACUGUCAGAAAGACGAAUAUGUUUUCAGAAACGUCAUCACUGAUGUCACAAGGUUUUUACAGGACAGUGUAGAGCACUGCAUCAUAGGAGUGACAAUCCUGUCUCAGCUAACAAAUGAAAUUAAUCAAGCAGACACUACACACCCUUUGACCAAGCACAGGAAAAUAGCCUCUUCAUUCCGAGAUUCGUCUUUGUUUGAUAUUUUCACUCUCUCGUGCAAUUUACUAAAACAGGCGUCAGGGAAAAACCUGAACUUGAAUGAUGAAAGCCAGCACGGCCUCCUCAUGCAGCUUCUCAAGCUCACACACAAUUGCCUGAACUUUGACUUCAUUGGUACAUCAACAGAUGAGUCGUCGGAUGAUCUCUGCACAGUGCAGAUCCCAACCAGCUGGAGAUCAGCUUUUCUAGAUUCCUCAACCUUACAGCUGUUUUUUGACCUGUACCAUUCCAUCCCUCCUACGUUUUCACCUCUGGUCUUAUCGUGUCUAGUGCAAAUUGCUUCUGUCCGCAGGUCCCUAUUUAACAAUGCAGAAAGAGCAAAGUUCCUAUCUCAUCUCGUUGAUGGAGUCAAGCGAAUACUGGAAAACCCUCAGAGCUUGUCAGACCCAAAUAACUACCAUGAGUUCUGUCGGCUUCUAGCUCGUCUCAAAAGCAAUUACCAGCUGGGGGAGCUGGUGAAAGUAGAAAACUAUCCUGAGGUCAUCCGCCUCAUUGCCAACUUCACAGUGACCAGCUUGCAGCACUGGGAAUUUGCUCCAAACAGCGUACACUAUCUCCUGAGCCUGUGGCAGCGGCUGGCAGCAUCGGUUCCUUACGUCAAAGCCACAGAGCCACACAUGCUGGAGACAUACACACCUGAAGUCACCAAAGCUUACAUCACCUCUAGAUUGGAGUCUGUGCACAUCAUAUUGAGAGAUGGCUUGGAAGAUCCAUUGGACGACACGGGUCUGGUUCAGCAGCAGCUAGAUCAGCUAUCCACUAUUGGGCGUUGUGAAUAUGAGAAGACUUGUGCUCUCCUUGUGCAGCUGUUUGACCAGUCUGCCCAGUCCUAUCAAGAGCUGUUGCAGAGCGCGACAGCCAUCCCUGUGGAUGUAGCUGUACAGGAAGGACGCCUGACGUGGCUUGUCUAUAUCAUUGGGGCUGUGAUUGGUGGCCGGGUUUCGUUUGCCAGCACAGAUGAGCAGGACGCAAUGGAUGGCGAACUGGUUUGUCGGGUUCUUCAACUCAUGAACCUGACAGACUCGCGUCUGGCUCAGGCUGGCAAUGAGAAGCUAGAGCUUGCUAUGCUGAGCUUCUUCGAGCAGUUUCGGAAGAUCUACAUUGGAGACCAGGUGCAGAAAUCCUCUAAGCUGUAUCGGCGGCUCUCGGAGGUCCUAGGGUUGAAUGAUGAGACCAUGGUCCUGAGUGUCUUCAUAGGGAAAAUCAUCACCAACCUGAAGUACUGGGGACGUUGUGAGCCAAUCACCUCCAAGACACUGCAGCUUCUCAAUGAUCUCUCUAUUGGCUACAGCAGCGUUAGGAAACUGGUGAAACUGAGCGCUGUGCAGUUCAUGCUGAACAAUCAUACGAGUGAGCACUUUUCGUUCUUGGGUAUUAACAAUCAGUCCAACCUGAGUGAUAUGAGAUGUCGGACAACUUUCUACACUGCACUUGGGCGCCUUCUCAUGGUGGACCUAGGGGAGGAUGAGGAUCAAUACGAGCAAUUUAUGCUGCCCCUCACAGCUGCCUUCGAGACUGUGGCGCAGAUGUUCAGCACCAACACCUUCAACGAGCAAGAGGCAAAAAGAACGUUGGUUGGCCUAGUGAGAGAUCUGAGAGGGAUAGCCUUUGCCUUCAAUGCCAAGACCAGCUUUAUGAUGCUUUUCGAGUGGAUCUACCCAUCCUACAUGCCAAUCCUGCAGCGGGCAGUUGAGCUGUGGUACCAUGACCCGGCCUGCACCACACCUGUGCUCAAGUUGAUGGCGGAGCUGGUGCACAACAGAUCCCAGAGGCUGCAGUUUGAUGUCUCCUCACCAAAUGGCAUCCUGCUGUUCCGGGAGACAAGUAAAAUGAUAACUACCUAUGGAAACCGUAUCCUCACCCUGGGGGAGGUUCCAAAAGAUCAAGUGUAUGCCUUGAAGCUCAAAGGGAUAUCGAUCUGCUUCUCCAUGUUAAAGGCUGCACUAAGUGGCAGCUACGUCAACUUUGGGGUCUUCCGUCUAUAUGGGGAUGAUGCGCUUGAUAACGCCUUGCAAACCUUCAUUAAGCUCCUGCUGUCCAUCCCCCACAGUGACCUUCUGGACUACCCUAAACUCAGCCAGUCCUAUUAUUCAUUACUGGAAGUUCUUACCCAGGACCACAUGAAUUUUAUAGCUAGCCUGGAGCCUCACGUAAUCAUGUAUAUUCUUUCUUCCAUUUCAGAAGGUCUCACAGCACUAGACACCAUGGUUUGCACAGGCUGCUGCUCCUGCUUGGACCACAUUGUCACCUAUCUCUUCAAACAGCUCUCCCGCAGCACCAAGAAGAGGGCUGCCCCAUUGACGCAGGAGAGCGACCGAUUCCUGCACAUCAUGCAGCAGCAUCCAGAGAUGAUCCAGCAGAUGCUGUCAACAGUAUUGAAUAUCAUCAUCUUUGAGGACUGCAGGAAUCAGUGGUCCAUGUCCCGGCCUCUCCUUGGUUUGAUACUGCUCAAUGAAAAGUAUUUCUCAGACCUACGGAACAGUAUAGUAAACAGCCAGCCCCCCGAGAAACAGCAAGCUAUGCACCUCUGCUUUGAAAAUCUCAUGGAAGGCAUAGAGCGCAAUUUGCUUACCAAGAAUCGUGAUAGGUUUACACAGAACUUGUCUGCGUUCCGGCGAGAAGUAAAUGACUCUAUGAAGAACUCCACCUACGGGGUGAACAGCAACGACAUGAUGAGCUGACGUCUCAUGAGGAGGAGCCUCUCUCUGGCCUGGGCCAGGGAGGUUAACUUUUCCGAUGGAAAGACAAAAGGGCAUUUCUGAUCCCUGCCGGUCCCUGGGGCUAGGCUGCAGGAGGAGGGGGUGUAAAAAGUUCACCAGGGCGGGGGCUUAUUUCCUUGGGGCAGAGAGAUGGGAGGUCAGCAUCUCCCUGUGCAAAGGUCGGAGAGGAACCCCAGUGUCCUGCCGCAGCCUGCCUUGUAUAAACAUGUACAUUUUUUCAUAACAUUUUGAACAAGGUUUAUAUUGACUCAAGUUUAAAAAAAAAGUGUGACUGAAAUUUUUACAGAGUUUAGUGCACCAAUGCUGAAGUGAGGGUUGUAUGUGAGUGAGGAAGCUGUGUCUCCUAGCCACCUGCUGUGUUACUGGGCAAGGGGGUGGGAAAGUGCAGAGUUAUAUUUAGUAACCAGUGUAGAGAGGCACAAGAAGUGUAAAAUUCCAAAUGUAUAUUUUUCUUAUACAUCCCUUUAACUUGCACCAUCUUACCCCAACCUUCCUCUUCUCCUCCUCCCCCUUUGUCAUUAGGAACUCAAAGCCAUGCCAUGUUCCAUGCUGUCCCUCGAGUGUAUGUCUCUUUGCUCUGUCUACAAGCACACUCUUUCCUCCUGGCCCCAACCGGCGGGCCGUAGGAAGUGUGUUCGUGCCUCUCCCUUCGCACGUUGCACCAGGCUUUUUCCUUUCCAUUUGUGUGAACCGACUUGUUUCUCAAGUGAUGGGAAAUGUGUGUUGAACCUGCUCUGAGACUGAGCUAGUUUCUCCUCUUCCCAAAAGGCAGCCUCAGUGGACUGUCCUGUCUUGCAGCUGUUGCCCGUGGAUCUCCCUGGGGCAUCUCUGCUGCCGAUACGCAGCUCUGCAAUGGGAACUGGAGGAGUGAGCGGAGGCUGUUACCCAGCGUGAUAUGUGACACAAUCCCUGGAGACAAGUCCCUUUCUCCCCUAACGCUACAACAUCCAUGUUUGGAGUGUUUAAAUUUACUUAACAGAAAGUAACUUGGGUUGGGGGGAGGGAACGUUUGCCUUGUAGUUUCCCAUUCUUCUUGCUGCUAGUUCUGUGCACACACACACACACCCCAAGCCCAGCCCUCACCUGUCCUGGUUUUUGUUCCCAGAUAGAGCCUCCUCAGCGUUAUUUUUUUGUUCUUUCCUCCUCUGGCGACUGUGUGUUGGGUCCUUUUGCGUGAGCAGUUUGCUGGAUGACUUGUAAGGGUGUUUGCUGCAUACAGUGUAAGCAUUGUGGCUGCAAAUAAACUUCAGUGGUUUCUACUGAGCUGUGUGGAACCAGGCCAGAGUGUUGCUGUUAAUGACGAAGUGUGGGAGACAUGAGCCAGCA